AUAACGUUUCUCCACGUGCUCUCAAGUGAAGUUACAGCAAUGAGUGAGUCGAACGUUGAAAUUAUGAACACGAUGAUAAACGAAGAAACUGAGGUUUUACUAUUAAUAAAUUCGAUUGGAAACGAAGAUCGUGUAUUACCGCUUUCCGUGAAACAGAUAUUAACUGGACAAUACGAGGAUGUGAUAAACAAUGAAUUAUCUUCUAACCUGAUUAAUGAAUUAACUGACAGCAACGAUCUGUCUAAAUUGAUACACAGCAGUAUAGAAAAUGCUAUUGCACGUGAUUCCUGGCUGUGUGCUGGCAUAGCUUCGUUGUUAUGUUUUGUUCAAUGUAAUUGGACAGGACCACAAAUUGAGAAGACCAUAGAAUGGUUGAACAUUAAAGAAGAAGACGUACUUAAAGAUUUAUCCUUGCACGAUGAAUGCAAUAGAAAUGUGAAGCUGCCAGAGCUACUUCAGUUUGCUAAGAUCAUAUUUUCUAACGAAGUUCUACAAAACACUUACAAGAGCUCUAUAUGGUGGGCAUUCAGGGCAAAUCUCAUACACCAGCUUAUAUUGAAUGAAAGCUCUGGCGUGUUGUACGAGGAAACGGAGGAGUUGAUUCAGAAAGUCUGUGAUUCAGAAUUGUUGAAAGAGAAUUUAUAUUGUGAAACAUUGUUUCACAUCGAGGCUGCACAGUUCUAUUUUUAUUAUAGGAGAAUUCUAAAUUCAGAGCAGCACGUUGAAUCGGCUAAAGAAAGAGCAAAUUUAAGUUUAAGUCUCGAAGGUGCAUUGGGUAGACGCACAAAGUAUCAACAAGAGGAUAAAGCACAGCUGUUCUUAAAGAUAGAUCUAGGAAAGGAUCAGUUUCCCUCUAGAACUUGUGAAAAUGUACCGAAAUCUUUAGACUUGAACGAUGAUAUCAGAUUGGAACAUAUUCAGUUUUCAGAAAGUAUAGAAAACACGCAGCUGGGAGCAGUAGAGGAAGCUAUCAUAUUAGCAAAACAUGUUCAACUACAAUUGUCACAGCCGAAAGACAAAUUAACAGACGAAGAAGUGAUACCCUAUUUAACCGUCGUGGUGAAUAACACGAAGAAUUGGUCUUUGAAAGUGGCGUCACUUUAUUUCCGAUGCCAUUUAGAAUCCAAGGAUAAACGAACCAUUGAGAGGUCAAUGAUGCAAGUAGAAUAUUUGAUACACGAAUUGAAGAAGACGAAAGUUUCCGUGGCGAAUCGGUUAGAUUUGUUUUUUGCCAGUGGUCUUACGCCAAUUUGGGCACUAGAAGAAUUGUGGGCAAAAUUGAUGUUGAGUCUCGGAUUAGUAAACGGUGCUCUGGACGUUUUCUUGAAGCUCCAAUUGUGGGAAGAAGUCAUUGUUUGUUACAAUGUACUGGAAUUGAAACACAAAGCUGCAGAGAUUAUUCGUCAAGAACUAGCGAAGAAGCCGACAGUUCAGUUAUGGUGUUUACUGGGAGACGCGACCCAAGAUCCUGAUCAUUAUGAGACAGCAUGGAAAUUAUCCAAUGAGACGAGCUCUCGAGCGCAAAGACAUUGGGGAUUCUACUACUUCGCAAAGAAAAACUACGCGGAAGCUAUACCGCACUUGAAAUUGUCUGUCGAACUAAAUAAUAUCCAAGAGAACGUUUGGAUAAGACUCGGGUUUGCUGCUCUGCAAACGGAAAAUUGGCGAUUGGCAGCGUCAGCGUACAAACGUUACUGUGCUCUAGAGCAAUCGUCGUUCGAAGCAUGGAACAACUUGGCGAAAGCUUACAUAAAACUAGGAGACAAAGUAAAAGCGUGGAAAUCUCUCCAAGAAGCCAUAAAAUGCAAUUACGAUCGAUGGCAAAUUUGGGACAAUCUGAUGGUCGUUAGCGUCGAUCUAGGACAUUUCUCGGAAGUCAUACGAUGCUAUCACCGAAUCUUGGAUCUCAAAAAUCAUCAUUUAGAUAUUUUAAUUCUCGACAUAUUAACGAACGCAGUAUUGAAUAAUAUAAAUGAUUCGGAUGGGAAUCCAGCGCGAAGAUUAUUAUUAAAAGUCUUAGAAUUAUUUGGAAGAAUCAGUUCCUCUAUAACUAACAAUCCCGAUGUUUGGAGAAUGUACGGACAACUUACAGCUUUGAAAAAGACCGAUAUCGAUUAUGACAAAGCGGUGCACUAUUUGCAACAAGCGCAUCGUUUUGCUAUAGCGGAUCCUAAGUGGCUUCUACAAGAAGAUUCAAUUAAAAAAAUGGCAUUCGCAGGAAAAGUCGUGCUAAUAACUGGAGCUAGUUCGGGUAUUGGGGCAGCGACUGCGUUGCACUUUUCCGAACUCGGAGCAUCGUUAUCGUUAACAGGUCGUAACGUGCAGAAAUUAAACGAGGUUGCUGCAAAAUGCAAAUCUAACAAACCGUUCAUCGUAACUGGAGAGUUGACUAACGAAGCCGAUGUAAAAAACAUCGUACAGUCUACCAUUAAACAUUAUGGCAAAUUGGACGUUUUGGUCAACAAUGGUGGUGUAUUAGAAGCUGGAAGCAUUGAGAACACCUCGUUGGAACAGUAUGAUAGAGUUUUUAAUGUAAACGUACGUUCAGUCUAUCAUUUAACUAUGUUGGCUGUUCCUUACAUAGCAGAAACUAAAGGCAACAUAGUGAACGUAUCGAGUGUAGUUGGAAUAAGAUCAUUCCCAGGAGUCUUAUCAUAUUGCAUGAGUAAAUCAGCAAUUGAUCAAUUUACGAGAUGCGUAGCUCUUGAACUGGCACCAAAGAAAGUAAGAGUAAACGCUGUGAACCCAGGAGUGGUAGUAACAAAUCUUCAUAAGAAUAGUGGAAUGUCUGAAGAACAAUUGAAAGCGUUCUUUGAACACUCCAAACAAACUCAUGCAUUGGGUAGACCAGGGGAUGCUGACGAAGUUGCUAAAGCAAUUGCUUAUUUGGCAAGUGAUGAUGCCAGCUUCGUAACAGGUGUAACAUUGCCAGUAGACGGCGGGAGGCACAUCAUGUGCCCUCGUUAAUUUAUAUUUUAUAUGGGAGCCUGUGCAUAUUAUAUAUUUUCAAUGAAAUAUUUUGUAUAUGAAAAGAGUUGUCAAUAAACGAACAGAACAUUCAA